AUGGCAGACCAUCUUCCCUCAGGGUUACUGGAAGCAUGUGUUGUCGUCGGAGCCUCUGGGGAUAAACUCAAGGAUGUCUACCAGUCUCUACAGCAGGGCAACAGGACAACAGACAUCCUUUUUUUAGACCCAGAGGUCUUGCAAGUCCACGUGCCUCCGUUUGUGACCAAAGAGAAUGCAGUUGAGUCUGGUGUCCCCAGAACCUUCAGUCGAGUCCAGUGCAGACGGUCCUUCAUCAAGAAGAAGGAGAGGCCAGUGGUGGCUCCUAGUGGCCCUGGAGGGUCCGGGAGCAGUGAGGGGGCCACUGUCACGGAGGAUGUCAGCGUCCCCAAGGACAUCGACCUCAUGGCCCUGCCCCAACUCUGCUUUCCAGGGGGGAUUCAAGUAACAAAUGAACCAAAAGAAGAGCGUUUUCACUUUCUAGUCUUCACGGAUGUGUUCGGUAACCAAACCCACGGAGUGGUGGUUCAGUGUUGUAGACCAUUUCAGGAAGGGUCAGUGUUCUAUCAGAAUGGACACUGGUCGUCCACCAGGACCACUAAGCUCUACACUGCUUAUGCCAUCUGUGUCAUAUCCAAGCAUCCUUAUUACAAUGCUCUGAAGGACUGUCUGUCUUGUUUGCUGGUGCAGCUUAGAACAUGCAGGUUGUCUGAAGAGAGGGUGAAGGAAUUUGCAGCCAAACUGUCUCUAGUGCCCAUUCCACCCCCUGGACAACUACAUGUGGUGUUCAACCUGAGACCCCUGAUGAUCGUACUGCCUUCCAGAGAGGAUAAGGAACACCCCGCUGUAGACCUGGACCUCCAUUUGCCCUUCCUGUGCUUUAGGUCCAAACAGAUUUUACAGAUCAUCACUGGUAUUCUGAUGGAGCAGAGGGUAGUGUUCUUCUCAGCUGACUGGGCCCGCCUCACCCUGGUGGCAGAGUGUUUCAUGCUCUACAUCCACCCCUUCCACUGGCAGCACCCCUACGUGCCCAUCCUCUCAGCCCAGAUGCUGGAUUUCGUCAUGGCCCCCACCGCCUUCCUCAUGGGCUGCCACCUCAACCACUUUGAGGAGGUCGCUGCGGAAACAGACGACCUGAUCUUGAUAAAUAUUGAUGAUGGAACAGUGUCUUCUUCCUGCUCAGAGACUGUCGACCUACCAGACGUCCCCUUCGUUUCGGGAGACUGUUUUACCAAGCGGAGGAAGGGCCUCCAGCUACAAUAUGAUCUAGAGCUGUGUCACCAAGGGGCCGGCGCAGACGUUAAUGACAUGCGCAUGCUGAGGAGACAAUGGCAGCAGAACCUGAACUGGGAAAUACAGAAGGUUACCUUGGAGCUCAUUGUCAACAUGUUCAGGGAUGUCAGUGGUCACCUGAACUAUGAACACAGAGUGUUUAACAGUGAAGAGUUCCUGAAGACCAGAGAGCUAGCUGACCUACCCUUUUAUAAAAAGGUCUUGGAGACGCACAUCUUUCAUUCAUUCCUGAAGGACCGCCUCAAUAGGAAGAUGGAUGCUUUCACACGCAUGGAAGUCAACACUCGCUCAGAGACACAGAAAAUGAAGGCGAUGACAGACAACCCCAGGAGGCCCACCAUGCAGGAAAUGGCCAGGAAGUAUAGCAGCGACCCAGAGAAGCGUCUGAACAAGAGGCUGGGGAUGAGCCUCCCCAACCUGGGAGAGGAGCGCCAUCUCAACCUCCUCAGACAAACCUCCCUCAAGAAGAUCAUUAUCCCUGACAGUGCCUUCAAGAUCCCGCCCAAGCCUGUGAAGAUCUUCAAGCUGCCAGAAUUUCCUCCUCCGAUGGUGCACCACCAUGUCCAGAACUACUAUGGAGAGUUGAUCAUACUACUGGGGAAGGCCAUCCUCUGUGUUCCUGAGAACUCCACACUCCUGGCCAGGUACUUCUACCUGCGCGGCUUCAUCAACACGCUGUGUUCCAAGCGUCUUGACGCCCUCAGCGACUUCCAGAACCUCUACAAGACGGACAUCGAGAUCUUCCCCACCGACCUGGUGAAGGCGCUAGUGGACUCGCUGCAGAAGGACGAGCGCUCCCAGGCGGACCGGCGGCCAGAGCUCAAGCGGCUCAUUUUCAAGGUGAAGACAGACAACGAGAUGGUGCUGGUCCAAGCUGACGACCACGUGAAGAAGUUCCAGCUCCCUAAGACCCACAUGCUGCAGGAGGACUUUGUGAAGUGCAUCCAGGAGUCUGGGAUUGUGAAAGACGUCGCCACCAUCCAUAGGCUGUUUGAGGCUCUCACUGUGGGGCAACAGAAGCAGAUUGACCCAGAGGUGUUCCGUGUGUUCUACACCUUCUGGAAGGAGACGGAGGUGGAGGCCCAGGACGUUCACCUGCCAGCUGAGGUCAUAGAGCACCUGGACAACAACGAGUGUGUCUACAAGCUGUCCUGCUCCAUCAAAACCAACCAGGGAGUGGGUAAGAUCGCCAUGACACAGAAGAGGCUCUUCCUGCUCACUGACGGGAGGCCUGGGUUUAUCGAGAUCACCAAGUUCAGAGACAUAAAGGAGGUGAAAAUCUCCUUUGCUCCUUUCCUGCUGUUGAAGAUCCCGUCUCUGAAGAUCAAGUGCAGUCUGAGGAAGGAGGUGUUUGAGGCCAACCUGAAGUCUGCGUGUGACCUGUGGAAUCUCAUGGUCAGAGAGAUGUGGGCUGGGAGGACGAUGGCAGACGACCACAAGGAUCCUCAGUACAUGCAGCAGGCUUUGACUAACGUCUUGCUCAUGGAUGCUGUGGUUGGGUGCCUUCAGAGCCAGAAGGCCGUAUUUGCCGCCUCCAAACUGGCAUACUUUGACAGAGUGAAACAUGAAGUUCCUAUGAUGGUUCCAAAGACAACAUCGGAGACGUUGAAACACAAGAUCAAUCCAUCACUAGACCUCCCAGCUCCACAGACUGUACACGUCUUACUCUACACACCAGGCCAGUUGAGUUACUCGGAGGCAGACGGAGAUGGGAACCCCAAGCUGUGGUGUGCCCUCAGUGGUGGCAGGGUGGUUGUGUUUGAUGCAGCCAGCUGGUCCAUGCAGCAGAACUGUGUUCAAGUGGGAUCCUCCCAACUGAACUGCAUGCUGGGAUUGGACCAGGAUCAAGUAUGGAUUGGCUCCCAGGAUUCUAUCAUUUACAUAAUUGAUACUCGCAGCAUGUCCUGCAAUAAGCAGCUGACAGAGCACAGGCAUGAGGUUAUGGACUUUGCCCUGGAGGAGAGUGACAAGAUGAGCCAGACAUACUCCUGUAGUGCCGAUGGAACAGUCAUUCUGUGGGACCUCUCAACGCUAAAAGUGAAAAAGCAGUUUCAACUGGCCUGUGAUUGGCUUAUGUCCAUUCAGCUCUUCAAUGGAACACUGUGGUGCUGUGCCAGAGACGGCAUCGUUGAACUGAGGAAGGACGGAACCCCACAUCGUAAGAUGACACUUCCUGAGGAUCUACGGAGCAUGCCCACUGAGUUCAGCAGCCUCAUCCUCUUCGUAGAGAGGGGCCAGUUGUGGACGAGCUGUUCUGAUUCUGACGAGCUCUGUCUCUGGCACUGUAAAGACCUGACCAAGCCUUUCCUGAGGGUGCAGCUGCAGAACUGUACAGGGGUCAACUGUAUGAUCAAGGUUAAGAAUCAGAUCUGGAUUGGCUGCAGCGGGCCGAGCCCUGAUCAAUGCAGGGUGAGUGGGAAGAUCUACAUAGUGGACACAGAGAGCCACAGUGUAGAGAAAGAGCUGAUGGCCCACACAGACAGUGUCCAGGCACUGUGCUCUGCAGAGGGCCGCUAUGUACUCAGCGGCUCCGCCUGCCAGGAUGGCAAAAUCGCCAUUUGGAAGGUUGAGUAGAGGACGAGUAGCCUGGUC